ACAGCCCAGGACGCCUUGUCACCCCGAGCGGGUCGGAGUUAUUGCUGCUGAGUGUGCGAAAGGAAUGGAACCGGCGCCUGGGCGGGAAGGUCACCAGGCCCGAGUGACAAGAUUCCUCUCCUGCCUCCGGGGGACGAGACUGUGAGACAUGGGUAAGCAAAGAGGAUGGUAUGCAGUCAUGAAACUGAAAUCAAAAAUCACGUCAUGAUCUGAUGGAGUCACUCAAUUUAUCACAACCAGUUACCAACAACUUUUAACCAUGGAAGGAGAAAGCACAUUUUGCAGUGGGGAGAACAGAUACACAUGUUCUGUGUGUAGAAAAGGUUUCAGCCAAUUAGCUAGCCUCAAGAAGCACAAAUGCAGUAACACUGGGGAGAAAUUAUUGAAAUCUGGCAACUGUGAGAAAGGAUUUAGUCAUUACUCUGGGCUGAAAAUUCACAAAGGUAUUCACACUGGGGAGAGGCUGUUCACCUGCUCCCUGUGUGGAAAAGGAUUCACUCAGCUAUCCACACUACGCACACAUGAGCAACUUCAUACCGAGGAGAGACCUUUUAAAUGUCCCCACUGUGGGAAGUGCUUUAAAAGUUCCAGUAACUUGAUGUCCCAUCAGCGUGUUCACACUGAAGAGAGACGGUUCAGAUGCUCUGACUGUGGGGCUGGCUUCAAGUGGUCAUCUCAACUGACAGUGCACCAACGCAUUCACACUGGGGAGAAGCCAUUCUCCUGCUCCGAAUGUGGAACUCGAUUCACUCAAUCGUCCCACCUCAAGGCACACCAGCAGGUUCACACUGAGAAGAGACCUUUUAAAUGUACAGAAUGUGGGAAUUCCUUUAAAAGUUCCAGUGAGCUGAUGUCACAUCAACGCGUUCACACUGAGGAAAGGUGGUUCAGAUGUUCUGAUUGUGGGGCUGGCUUCAAGUGGUCAUCCCAACUCACUGUGCACCAACGCAUUCAUACUGGGGAGAAACCAUUCACCUGCUCUGAAUGUGGGAUUGGAUUUACUCGGUCACAUGACCUCAAGGCACACCAGCAGACUCACACUGAGGAGAGACCUUUCAAAUGCCCAAACUGCAGGAAGUGCUUUAAAAGUUCCAGCCGACUGCAGUCCCAUCAACGUGUGCACACCGAGGAGAGACCUUUUAAAUGUUCAGAUUGUGGGAAGUGCUUUAAAAGUUCCACACAACUGAUGCUCCAUCAACGUAUUCACACUGAUGAGAGACCAUUCAGGUGCUCUUAUUGUGGGACUGGGUUUAGGCGAUCAUCUCAACUCACUAGACACCGGCGUCUCCACACUGGGGAGAGGCCAUUUAUCUGCUCUGAAUGUGGGCAGGGAUGCAUUGACCCUUCCCACCUCAAGGCACACCAGAGAGUUCACACUGAGGAGAGACCAUUUAAAUGUCCAGAGUGUGGGAAGUGUUAUAAAAGUUCUGGGGAGCUGAAGUCACACCGACGUGUUCACACUGAUAAUAGACCAUAUAGCUGUGCUCUCUGUGGGUCCAGGUUCAUAUGGUCAUCACAACUCCGUGCACACCAACGCACUCACACCGGAGAGAGACCUUUCACCUGCUCCCAGUGUGGGAAGGGAUUCACUCGGAAAAUUCACCUCAAGACACACCAGCGUGUUCACACAGGGGAGAGACCUUUUAAAUGCCCAGACUGUGGGAAGUGCUUUAAAAGUUCUUGGGACCUGAUACGCCAUCAACGUGUUCACUCUGAUCAGAGGCCUUUUGAAUGCCAAAACUGUGGGAAGUGCUUUAAACGUUCUGGGGACCUGUUUCGCCAUCAGCGGGUUCACUCUGAGCGAUCUUUUAAAUGCCCAGCCUGUGGUAAGCGCUUGAAGAGCUCUGUGGAACUGAUGUACCAUCAACAUAUUCACACCGAUGAGAGACUGUCGGGUGCUCUCAGUGUGGGACGGGAUUUAGGUGAUCAUCUCAACUGACUUUUUAUACCAGUGAGUUCACCCUGGGUAUAGACCAUGCAUCUGCUCUGAUUGUAGGAAAGGAUUUACUCAGAAAUUCCACCACACAGCACACCUGUGGAGACAGCAGUGUGUUCAUGAGAUUUCAGGAGCUGUAUUUUUCUGCAAUUUUUCAGCGUCUGGAUGUAAUUUAUAGCCCUGCUUUGCUAUAGCUCUAUGGGAAAGACAAAUAUAUGGACUUUGUUGAAUGCAGUCAACUUUGUUAAAUGCAGGUGGUAACAAUGGGUGACUUCUAUUUCAAUGCAGAGUGGGUGAAUCUAAUCAUUACAAAUGUUAUGAUGAAUUAUUUUUUCUUUUUUGUAAUGUUACGGGCCAGAAUGGACUGAAAACAUUCCAGCUGAGAAAAGAAUCCAUUGACCGUUACACUCUGUUUCCAUCACUCAGUCAAUUUUGUAUCGAUGUUACUCCUGCCCCUUUUAUUCCAUGAACUUUAUUUACAAGUCUCUUGUGUGACACUGUAUCAAACAGCAUUUGGAUGCAAAACUAUCACCAUCACUUUUGCCCCAGAAUUUCCAGUCCUUGGCUCACAACGCUCUUUCUGGAUCUUUGAGAAUUGAAUCUCUCAGCAGCAAUUACCACAGCUGAAAUGAGCUGAUUGUAACUCGGUGGCUGAGUUAGUUUCAUUAACGAAUUGAUUCAAAUCACUUCUUUUAUUUUGGUAAAUGUGCUACUGAGGAAAACAUUGGGUCUGUUCAAUACAUCCCUCCUCUCUGAUCCUGCACAAACAUUCUGUUUAUUAUAUAACCUUUCCAUUCCAAAUAAAUUAGUCAAGACCGCAGAGGACUCACUGCAAAGCCAUCUUAUCAGAUCUCACAUUGUCUCUGACAGAAACUGCGGCAUGGAAUUUAAAACAGGUAGAUGGAGUUUGAAGUAUGACCUAGUCUUUUAACAUAAUCACUGAGUCAUGAUUAAUUCUUCAAUUUAAUGAACUGAGACUGACAACUUAAUCAUGUGUUUCUGGUGACAAAUUCACACAUUUGAUUCAUUGCAGGAUGCCUUCCUGAGUUAAAUAUCUGUCUUCACCUUGUUAAUUUACUUCAGCAGAUAUAAAUGUAAGUAGUUUGAAAAGGGUGAAUUUCUACUUAAGUUUACUAACCAGGCUCACUCACAGGUGUCUGUCUAAAACUCUUCCUUUAAAUGCUCCUCCAAGGUCUCAGUGUCUUUAGUAGUAGCCAGAUUACCAAAUCAAAUUUACUUUAAAAGUUCAUAGGCAAAGAUACAAACAUUUCUGGGAGAACCUGUGUUAAAAACUGUAUCUUUUUGUUUUUCUUUAUUUUGGAUUGUGGAACAAAAUGGGGAAAAAUGCUUUAGGCCAACGACUGUGAAAAUAGUUGUUGCUCUUUCUAAAAACAACUUACUGGCAUGCAUUGUGAGUUGUGAUAACAGUUUUUUUUAUUCAAGCGGUGGGGAAGAGAUCUGAGAGGUCAUGGCACUGGGUAUAUGUGCAGAUUGCUGAUUUGUUCUUGCAAUCUGGACAACUUGAAGUCAGAAGUCAUCAGUUUAGCCACAGUUCUCUGAUGCACCUAAGGAAGUGAAUGCUGUGGUUCUGAACAAUACAGAGAGAAACCUUGAAACUGCAUAACGGACAAUGUCUCCUCGCUUGCCCACUGUCUUCAGUGAAGUGACCAAAGUCAGAAAGAUGGCUAGAUAUUAUCUCCCACCAGGUGUUGUGAAAUGUUGCCUCUAUUAAUAACCAAAGGAGUUUACAAUUAAUGUGUCAACCACAUUGUUUCUUCUGUGAAAAAUUGGAAAAAAUGUGUAAAACUGGAGAUCAGAGAACAGAAGCUGUUGGAAGGCAAAAAGGUCGCCUCCUGAACUCGUAUUGAUAUUUGAACUGCACUUCUUCAGUAUCGUUUUCUCCAUCCUGAACAUUCAAGUUUGUUUGUCUGUGUGUAUGUGCGGCGUAGGAAUAAGGUUUAACAAGUGGGAGGGGUUCGGAGUUUGGACUAUGAGUUACAUGUUGGUAAUUCGUAUGUUUGUUUGCCAAUAGCUAGAAAUGGUUUAUUUGUAAUAAACAGCAGUUCUUGUGGAGUAUGGAAACCUGCUCAGUGUCUUUUUUAAUUUCUGUUAAGCUGGGUCUAUCAGACAGGUGAAUUGGGGACUUUUGAGAACUCUGAAUGAAACUUUAUAUUUGGUGAUCACCCAAGGAGUAGUGGGGCUCGAAUAUCAGACACUUUGCAAAGUGUGUCAUGACGACCUGUCAACUUAUCAGUCUUAU